AUGGGAUUUACCCUAGCUCGCCUCCAAUACUUCUCCUUCUACGGGAUAUUCUGCAACCCGAGAGUACAUGGCGCUAGCGGCGCUUCUCCAGGAGAAUGCUACUUCUACCUCCAAAACCCGUUCAAGAUUGGCAUGAUGCUGCACCUCUUCUGUAUCCUACCUGCUGGGGUUCUGGUGUGCUUCCAGUUUGUACCAGCGAUCAGACACAAGGUCAUCCUAUUCCACCGGAUCAAUGGAUACCUGGUUAUUCUGCUGUCAUUAACCGCAAAUGCUGGUGUUCUCGUUGUCGCGCAGCAUGCUUUUGGCGGCGACAUCGCAACGAGGAUCCUCACUGGCGUCCUGGUUAUCUCAACGACGGUGGCAUACGUCUUUGCCUGGUUUAAUAUCAAGAGAUUGCAGAUUGACCAACAUCGUGCUUGGAUGAUGAGGGCAUGGGCAUACUUCUCUUCCAUCAUCACCCUCCGCAUCAUCAUGUUCUUGGCGGCAUUGAUAAUUAGCUCAAUAGGUGGCUUCUACACCAGCCGACCCUGUGCACAGAUAGCCUCCAUCGUUGGCCAAGACAUGACAAUCAACCUUUACCCCGGAUGUCUGCCUUUCUUCCAAGGCAAAGAUAACGCCCUUGAAGUCCUUGUAAAGGCUGGCUUUCCUAACGGCAACCCAGUAGAGAUAGGAGCUGGGCUUGGCAUCACCUUCGGCUCUGCUGGAUGGCUGGCUUUCUGGAUCCACACUGUCGCGAUCGAGUUCUACCUUCGUCUUACGCCCGCGGAGGGUCAGCGUCUCAGACAAGUCUCCUACGAACGUCAGUUGGAGCGUGGCUUCAGACAUCCUGGGUCUGCGGGUCUUGUGGCUCAGCGAUUAGGGGAUGCUAAUGCGUACGUACCACCUUCACGGGGAACGGAUGCGUUGAGUGCAGGGGAAGGAUAUAUGCUGUCGGUUCCUGGAAAGAAGAUAAGCGUUGAGGGUAUGUAUUGA